AUGCCUCCUGGUCGAAAAAGUAUUAGUACAAGUAGUAAAUCGUCAUCGUCAACAAAUGGACAACAUUCUCCACCACAACCAAAACAACAUAUCUUUGAUUCUGGCAGUGUUGUAUGGUGUAAAUAUAAAAAAUAUCCUUAUUGGCCCGGCAUAGUAUGGGAGAAGACAAACAAAGCAAAUCGAACGCUCUACGAAGUAUUGUUCUUUGGAACAUUUAGUCUUGGAUUAGGUAUUGAUCAGAAAUGGUUAGAAAAAUACGAAGGUGUUGCCGAAUUUAAAAAACGUAUUACAGAAUUAAAAGCUUCAGAAAUUCUUAUCAAAAACAAACCAAGCAAAUACGAUAUGAAUAUAACAUUAGCAAAUUUAGAAUCAUUCCAAGAAGCAAUAAAACAAGCAGCACAAAUUCUUAAAUGUUCAAAUCUUUCCGAAAGACUUGAACUAGCUGAUAAUAUGCGUAAAGGUGUAACAUGUGAUUUUUUUCAACUUAAGCUUGGCAGUAAUAAUAAUAAUGAUGAUGAUGUUGAUGAUGAUGUUGAUGAUGAAGAAGAUCCUGAUGAAACAAAUUCAAAUAUUGCCGAAGACCAUUCGUCAAUUUUAGCAAUGCAACCUUUACAAAAUGAUCAUCAAUUUAUUCAAACAAUGAUCAUUCAAGGAAAGAAAAAACGAAAAUUAGAAGAAGACGCAAGUUUACCAAAUGCAAAAACACGUCGACUUGCAAUCAAAACAGAGCCUGAACAACCAUCGAACGCCUCCUUACCGUCUCUUUUAUUUCGACAUACAACUGAUCAACCGAUUGUUAUGUGUUCAAAUUUCGUUUGCCAUAGUUUAUCACCAACCGAAGAAACAUUUAUAAUAGACGCAAUAGCACGUGCUGGUUCUGAUUGUACAUUUUUUCAGGCGAAACAAAUUGCUGAAGAAACAUACUCAAAUAUAAUUUGUAUUAAUAAUUCAAAUCGUUCUUUGCCCGUCAGCGAAAUAUGGUUCUAUUUAUUUUUAUACCUACAUUUCGAGCAAUUAUUUGCAACGCAUCCUCAUUGGCUUGAUGAUCUUGAAAAAACAAAAGCCAAUGUUAGUUAUUUGUAUGAACAACAACAACAGAUCAUUCGUCUUAUGAAAACCUAUAUUCGCUAA